AUGUCUAGGGUGUUUUUUCAUAUGUUGGUCUUUUUAUGGAUAUCUUGUUGGUUGAUGUUGACUGGAGAAGCUCAAGUUGAUGAAAUCAAAUACAAAGAUCCAAAGCAACCAAUUGCUACGAGGGUUAAGGACUUGUUGAGUAGAAUGACUUUGGAGGAGAAGAUUGGUCAGAUGACUCAGAUUGAUAGGAGUGUUGCCAAUGUUAAUGUUAUGAAAAACAGUUUCAUUGGGAGUGUAUUAAGUGGUGGCGGUAGUGAACCGCUUCCGAAGGCUAGUGCUCAAGAUUGGGUGAAUAUGAUAAAUGAAUUUCAGAAAGGAGCCUUGGCAAGUAGAUUGGGGAUUCCAAUGAUAUAUGGUAUUGAUGCUGUUCAUGGACACAAUAAUGUCUAUAAUGCCACCAUAUUUCCCCAUAAUGUCGGGCUUGGAUGUACCAGGGAUCCUUCCUUGGCACAAAGGAUUGGCGCUGCAACUGCUCUUGAAGUCAGAGCGACAGGAAUUCCUUAUGUUUUUGCUCCAUGCAUUGCGGUUUGUAGAGAUCCAAGAUGGGGUCGGUGUUAUGAAAGCUAUAGCGAGGAUCAUAAAGUCGUACAAGAAAUGACAGAGAUUAUACCUGGUCUACAAGGAGAAAUCCCUCCUCAUUUCAAGAAAGGAUUUCCUUACGUCGGUGGCAAGACAAAGGUAGCAGCUUGUGCUAAGCACUUUGUUGGAGACGGUGGUACGACCAAGGGAGUAAAUGAGAACAAUGCGGUGGUUGACUGGCACAGUUUGCUGGGCAUUCACAUGCCUGCAUAUUCUGAUUCCAUCAUUAAGGGGGUCGCUACCGUUAUGGUUUCAUACUCCAGUUGGAACGGUGUAAAAAUGCAUGCAAAUCGUGAUCUAGUCACUGGCUUCCUCAAGAACACCCUUAAGUUUAAGGGAUUUGUCAUCUCAGAUUGGCAAGGAAUUGACAAAAUCACGACACCUCCCGGCUCAAACUACACAUACUCGGUUCAGGCUUCCAUUCAAGCCGGUGUUGAUAUGGUGAUGGUCCCAAUGCAAUUCGAAGAUUUCAUUCAGGACCUUACGCUCUUGGUCAAGAGUAAUGUCAUUCCAAUGGAUCGUAUUGAUGAUGCCGUGGGGAGAAUUUUGCUUGUAAAGUUCACCAUGGGUCUUUUUGAGAAUCCUCUAGCCGAUUUCAGUUUAGUCAAUGAGCUUGGAAGCCAGGCACACAGAGAUCUAGCAAGGGAAGCUGUGAGAAAAUCUCUCGUGCUGCUUAAGAACGGGAAAAGUCAAAGUGCCCCACUUCUUCCUCUUCCAAAGAAAGUCCCAAAACUCUUAGUUGCUGGCACUCAUGCUGAUAAUUUGGGUUAUCAGUGUGGCGGUUGGACAAUCAAAUGGCAAGGAUUCAUCGGCAAUACCGACACAAGCGGAACUACUAUUCUCAGUGCUAUAAAUUCAACAGUCGAUCCAAGCACACAAGUUGUUUUUCGCGAAAACCCUGACGCCGAUUUUGUAAAAUCCAACAACUUUGAAUUUGCCAUUGUUGUUGUUGGCGAGCCUCCUUAUGCGGAGACUGCUGGGGACAGCACAUCACUUACAAUGUUGGAUCCCGGUCCAAAUAUCAUCAACAAUGUCUGCGGAGCUACCAAGUGCGUGGUUGUCACCAUCACUGGCAGGCCUAUUGUAAUCGAACCAUAUCUUUCGUCCAUAGACGCAUUGGUUGCAGCAUGGUUACCGGGCACCGAGGGACAAGGUGUGACAGAUGUUCUAUUCGGUGACUACGGUUUCAGUGGCAAACUUGCAAGGACAUGGUUCAAAUCUGUAGAUCAACUCCCAAUGAAUGUUGGAGAUCCUCACUAUGAUCCACUUUUUCCUUUUGGUUUCGGCCUAACAUCCGAAUCCGUCAGAGACCUAGUAACAAGGUCAACUUCAACCGCAGAAUUUGUAAGGGCUUGUAUAGUUACCAUUAUGGCGACGCUACUGACGAGCUUAUAUUUAAUUGGUUAA